AUGGAGUUCCCGUCCAUUCUCCAGACUUGCUUCCAUUACAUUGGGAGGCUCUUGCUUCAUCCCUAUGCAUUCUACAUUUACUACUCCAUCGCAGCAUUGCUGGCUCUCAUCCUCGCCGUCGUGGCAAUCUUCGUCAUCCAAGUCUCAAUUCGAAUUUCGCGAGAACGACAAGACAUUGCAUGGGCCGGUCUCCAGAACAAGAGAAUCUUUCCCAAACUUCGUGCCUGCCUCCGAGAGCUCAGCGCUGGUCGAGGGCCCGUCAAUGAAGGCUACGACAAGUACAGCAGGUAUGGACUGCCAUUCAUCACUCCGGCUCUGCGUUGGAGCGCUAUCGUGCUCCCACCAUCCAGCUCCGCUUGGGUAGCCCAACAGCCCGAAUCCGUUCUCAGCGGGAACAAGAAUUUGAAAGACGUGAUGGGACCUGAAUGGCUUUUACAUGGGCCCAACGCCGAUUCGGUCCUGGAUUUCUCGGUCAUCCGUCGCGACCUCACAAGACAAAUCACCAGGCUGAGCGACCAGGUUCUGGAAGAGAUUCAGCAUGCCUUUGACGAGAAGCUGCGAUUUGACGGCGAGGAAUGGAAUGACUUUUCUGCCACCAAGCUCCUCAGUUGUGUCUCUUUCCGCGCUGCCAACCGCAUUUUUGUCGGCUUGCCUUUGUGUCGCGACGCUGGGUACGAAAAAGACGUGAUGCGAUGGACCUCGUGCUUCGGCAUAUCGACUAUCAUCAUGGCUUUCCUGAUUCCAAAAGUGCUGCAGCCGAGUCUGAUGCCGAUGGUAUCGGUACCAGCGAGGUUAAUGCAGUGGUGGGCCACGCGGCAUUUGCGACCAAAGAUUAGGGAAAGACUCGCAACGCUGGAAGCUCGAGGCCAAGCCAACGGGAAAAUGCUGGCCGAAGAUGAGAAGCCGAAUGACAUGCUGCAAUGGAUCAUCGACACCAAUUGCCAGAAACAAGACCCACGGGAGUUAGAACCAGCUAACAUUGCUGGUAAAUUGAUCUUGUUCAACAUCUUUGCUACCGCAACAACGUCGACGAUGGCCGGAGUCGUACUAACGGAUAUACUCGCAUACGAGAACGCAUCAGAUCUACUCUCAGAGCUUCGCGAGGAGGCCGAGCAUUAUAUGCCGCUUGUGGAGCACGAUGCAACUGCUAUUCGAUCCAUGACAAAACUUGACUCGGUGAUUCGCGAAAGCUUGCGAUUCAAUCCCAUGGGAGCGCAGGGCAUGGCUCGGGAAGUUGUAGCGCCCGGUGGCGUGACGACACCGGAUGGGCUCUAUCUCACCCAGGGCUCCCAUAUCCAGUGCACCAUAGGUCCUAUGCAACGGGACGUGGACCUCUUCGGAUCGAGCGCGGAUGAAUAUGAUCCGCUACGCCAUCAUCGCCAAGCACAAGACAAUGGGCUGCCAGAGGACGAGAGCGUGGCAGAAGCCGGAAAGCGAAAAGGCGCCGUGCAGAUCAAUUCUCAAUUCCUCUCCUGGGGCCUAGGCAGACACGCUUGCCCUGGUCGCUUCUUCGCCGUGCACACCAUGAAGCUGAUGCUGGGUUAUCUCCUUGUGCAUCACGAUAUACAACCUUUUGAGAAGAAGCCAGAACUCUUUGAGAUUGGAGAAGCGAGAGUGCCCAGCGAUAAGCAGAUGAUCAGAGUCAAGCGUCGACUAGUUCCAGGAAUAGAGAAGCCUCCUGGGUGAUGGAGCUGAGUGAAGGUGUCCACUGACCGAGAGAUCUCGCCACUCCGCCGAGAUGGCAGAAAGGAGCGCACGCAUAAUAAAUAGCACUCCCCUCAAGUUCUUCCAAACUCCUGCCUGUGCUCAAACGGGCGCAGCAACAAUG